AUGCAACAGCAUAUUCUCAAACCCUUGUUCAUUCAAAUAUUCAAUUACCUUUUGAAAUUUGAAACAAUGGCUUCCAAUAAUACUUUUUCUUUGUGUUCCAUAUUGGUGAUUGUCACACUCGGUGUUCUUGUGGGUUUCACGGGGAACUCUUCUGCUCAACUUUCUACGAAUUUUUAUUCUAAGAGUUGUCCUCAAGUCUUUGAUGCAGUCAAGUCUGUUGUCAAGUCUGCUGUGUCUAAAGAAAAGCGCAUGGGCGCUUCUCUUCUUCGCCUCCACUUUCAUGACUGUUUCGUCAACGGUUGUGAUGGAUCGCUAUUACUGGACGACACUUCUUCCUUCACCGGUGAGAAGACUGCACUCCCGAAUAACAACUCCGUAAGAGGAUUUGAGGUUGUGGACAAGAUCAAGUCCCAAGUGGAAAAGGCAUGCCCCGGCGUCGUUUCCUGUGCUGAUAUCUUAGCCAUUGCUUCUCGAGACUCCGUCCAAAUUCUUGGAGGACCAAGUUGGGAAGUUAAACUUGGAAGAAGGGAUUCAAAGACAGCAAGCCUAUCGGCUGCCAAUAGUGGAGUCCUCCCUCCGCCCACUGCUACCCUCAACGAGCUCACCACUAGAUUCCGAGCCGUAGGUCUCUCUCAAAGGGACUUGGUAGCCUUAUCUGGAGCUCACACAAUUGGGCAAGCAAGGUGUACAACUUUCAGAGCUCGCAUAUAUAACGAGACCAACAUUGAUGCUUCAUUUGCCAGGACCAGGCAAAACACAUGUCCAAGAACAGCUGGCUCCGGAGACGACAACCUUGCACCUUUUGACAUCACUACUCCUAACACUUUCGACACUGCCUACUUCAAGAACCUUGUCAACCAAAAGGGUCUCCUCCACAGUGACCAAAUUUUGUUUAAUGGUGGACCAACCGAUUCAUUGGUUAAAUCGUACAGUGGCAGUGCUAACACCUUCAAUGCUGACUUUGCCAAGGCAAUGAUCAAGAUGGGAGAUAACAAGCCACUCACUGGAUCCAAGGGUGAGAUUAGAUUGAACUGCAGGAAGCCUAAUUAGUCGACAAAAGUAGGUCCUUCCUCUAUGAUAGAAUAAACCAAAAACCCCAAAAGUUGGGAGAAUUUACUUGGGAACAUUUUGUUUGUUGAGUGAGAGUUUAUUAGGUAUUGUUUGUUAUUAUAUCAACGAAUAAAGUAUGUUUUAGUCUCAAAGAAUUCAAAUUAUAGGCAUUUACCUGAUAUUAAUUGUUGAUGGAUUGUUUACUUCAAUUGAACAAAGUGAAUGGUGAUGAACAAUCCAAUUU